UUGGCAGUCUGUAGUAAGAGCUUUUUGGUCUUAAGUCUCUUCUACGUUGGGUCCUUGAAUGUAUUUGCUUCAGUAGAUUGAAUCACAGUGUAUGGGAGUGUACUGGGUGAUUCGAAUCUUGGGAAGUAGGAGUGUUGAGUGUUGUUCCUAUCAAAGAGCCAAGUUACUUGGCUUGGCUAGGGUUCAUUGUGUUGUCUAAACUCUAUUUGCUAAAUCAAUAAAAUCGUUUCUCUUUUCGUUACAAGAAAUUGGUCUAGAAAAUAAACAAUUGAAAUCUCUUGGUGUGUGCAACUCAUAUUUUGAGUUUACAGAGGCUCGGUGGCGCCAAAACCUCUCAUCGAGGUCGUGUUGGAGGAGUUCAUGGAUGUGAUGCCAAAGGAGCUACCAAAGAAGCUCGUGCCAAGAAGAGAAGUAGAUCACAACAUCGAGCUUGAGUAGGGGGCAACUCCACCAGCAAGAGCACCUUAUCGCACGGCCCCUCCAGAGUCGGAGGAAUUGAGGAAGAAACUCAAGGAGUUGAUGGAUGUUGGCUUCAUCCAAUCAUCAAAAUCCCCUAUGGAGCACCCGUGUUGUUCCAAAAGAAGAAAGAUGGUUCGUUGCGAAUGUGCAUCAAUUAUCGAGCUAUUAACAAGCUCACGGUGAAGAACAAGUGGCCAAUCCCCAAUAUUGGCGACUUGUUUGAUCAACUCGGAGAAGCAAAGUGGUUCACGAAGCUUGAUCUUCGCUCGGGGUACUAUCAAGUGAGGAUAACCAAGGGGGACAAGGCUAAGACGGCUUGCAUGACGAGGUAUGGCUCAUAUGACUUCUUAGUUAUGCCUUUUGGUCUAACCAACGCUCCUGCUACUUUUUGCACCUUGAUGAACCAAGUUUUCGAGCCCUUCUUGGAUCUCUUUGUGGUGGUGUAUUUGGAUGACAUCGUGGUAUACAGCAACACACUCAAUGAGCAUGCCGAGCACUUACGACAAGUGUUCCAAGUCCUUCGAGACAACGAGCUCUACGUCAAGAUGGAGAAGUGCACGUUUGUUGCCGCGGAGGUUCCUUUCCUCGGCCACAUCAUUGGUGGAGGCAAACUAAAGAUGGACGAAGUCAAUGUGGAGGAGAUACAAGGAUGGGAGCCACCAAUGAGGGUCACGGUGUUGCGAUCAUUCCUCGGCCUCGCCAACUAUUAUAGGAGAUUCAUCAAGGGAUACUCCACUCUUGUUGUAACAUCUCUGCCCUCGUACAAAUUAUUAUGACGUAUUUGUGAUCGGAUUACAAAAAAUUGGUCUUUUGAACCAAAAAGAAAGUGAAUAGUGAAAGUUUUAGACUUAAUUGCAAGUGAAGGAAAGUUUAGGGCCAAAUGGACAAUUUGGAGGGCUGGAGAAUUCUAGAUAAGGGAGAUAAAAAUCUGCCCCAUCCUCUUAUCUCUCAUUUUCUUCUCAUCCCUUCCCCUCACUCUCUCCCACGUCCCUCUCUUGCUCUCUUUCUUCCACCUGGUUUCACCACCCCAAAAACCACCAUCCCUUUUCAGAAACAAGUAGUAGAUAGAUAGAGAGAAAAGGAUAUCAAGGAAAGAAAGAAGAAGGGAAACAAGGGGUGCUACCAAUUUUCGUCCAGCAGCAGGACAGCUUGUGGGAAGGACGAUUCUGGACACUUGAGCCGUUGGAUCGUUCUGAUAUUUGGAGAUUUUGUUCUAUAUCUCCUUUUCUACGAUUGGACCGUUCGGAUCAUUGUUAUGAUCUCUGGUUCAUCUAGGAAUGUCGCUGGACAGAAGGGGUGCGACAUUGCUUUCCUGUAGCAGGACAGCAGAUUAUAGGUAAGAUCUUGUACGAAGUAGCCGUUGGAUCUUUCUAGCAAUUUGGUAUAAUUUUAAGUAUAUAAGUUUCUUUGAGUUGACCGUUCGGAACUUAGUUUUAAUUUCGGAGUGAUCAAGAACAAUUGUUAGAAGUAGGGGAGUUGGAUUGAAGUGAGAAGAAAGUAGCUGACAGUUUCGAAACGUCAAUUUAAAAUGAUUUCUGGGCUCAAACUACUGAUAAAAAUGGUCUGAAAUUUGGAUAUGCUGUAUCCCUAUGAAUCUAGUUUCAGUAGCAACAAGAAUCAACUGAUUUGGUUAAGUAUCAAGGGAGAAAUGACCGAAAUGAUGAAGCAGGGUGACGUGUACGGUAUCUUGGUGCUUGGAUAACUUGGAAAUCUUGUAUAUAAAGGUAAGGAGCAAGCCGGGGGCUCAUCUAAAGGCAAGGGUAUAGCCGAGUGAAGAUAAAAUAGUGAGUAGAUUCUAAUCUUAAAUCUACUUCAACAUAAUAACAGUAUUCGGGUCAUGAAGCGGCCCGAAUACAUAUCGGGGUCAUGAAGCGGCUCCGGUAUAAUAUGUGAAUUCAUGGGAAAUGAUAUGGCUAGGUGAUACGGCUUAUUAGUGUUUAUUCCUUAUUUGCAUUUGGUAUGAAGUUGGAAAUGCAUGAAUUGUGGAAGGGAUAUGGAAGGACAUUUUGUUGAUUUAUUGUGUGGGUUGUGAGUAAGUAGUCGAGCUUGCGAACUCGUCCUGUCUACUUAGAUUUGGAGUAAGCUAUUAGGCUUACUAAUCCUGUUUUGCUUGAAUAACUCGGAGUAAGCUCCUCAGUGUACAUUUCAUUCUAUUAUGACCGAGGGUGCAAAAGCACUAUGAAUGCUUCUAAGCAUAUAGUGUAUAAGUGAGCCUACGGGUUAAUGAUUAUUGACGGGUGUCUAAGUGAACUAUAAAUGAAAAGAGGUGAAUACAUAAGAUAGGAAAAAGGGCUUCAUGAUGCCUCGGUACAGUAGUGUGUCCGGUUUGUAUCGAUAGGGGUAAAUCCCACGAUACUCAUGUUUGAGCGCUCGUGCUCCGCACCGUGCCGAUUGGGUGACGACCCACGAUACUCAUGUUCUGUUCAGUUAGCCGGGCUGGGGUAAUCCCGUGGCGACUCCUGUUUUCUAUCGGUCCGGGUUACGUCCCGCGAUACUCCUGUUAGUGCGAGCACUCCUGUUUCGUGCCUUGUGCACUCCUAUUUAUACCGGUCUGGGUUUUGUCCCGCGGUACUCCAGUUAUCUGAUGGCUGUGCAUGGUUACCCUGCAGCCUUCCACUACUGUACUACCCGGGGAGGAUAUCAUUUAGCAAAUUUGAAAGUGAAAUUGUAUAAGUAAAAUGUCUCUGCCUGUCAUAUGUUGUAUGUGUUUUGACUGUGAUGGGAUGUGAAUAUGUGAACUUUAUUGAUUCAGUGGGAUAAACAACUUAAGUCCUGUUAUGUGCUAGGGUGUUUAUGCCCGAUACUGUUUUUGUAUUGAUGUCGAUCUGAGCUUAGAAUUUAUUCACUAAGCGACGACUCAUCCUCCGUCACCAUUUUUCCUCAGAUCAAGAGCAGAAGUAAGGCGUGUACUGUAGAUAUCGGGACUCAAGCUUGAAGGGAAGCCAUGAGGUGGACGGAGGACUCCGAACUCCUUGAAUGUUUUAUGUUGUGUGGAUUUUGUAAUAAAGCAGACUUCCCCGG